UAAGCGAUUUAGGAGAAAGUUGGUUCCUCUCUCUGUCGUUGACUCGAUUUGACUGCGCUGAUGUUCACAAACUGCACUCGCAGCGUCGCGAGGUGCGGUCUGCGCCGUUUGCUUUGUUGUCGUUUGACAGAGCCCGGGCUGAGACGAGUGCCCGGGCUGAGACGAAAACCCGGACUGCUUUUCGGCGCGCACACAGACGCGACAGCCAGCGGACGACAAGCGACCAUGGCACCUGGGAAGAACAGGGUGUUUGUCAUCGGCGUGGGCAUGACCAAGUUUGACAAGCCUGGAGCCCGAGAAGACUUUGACUACCCUGACAUGUGCAAAGAAGCAGGUCAAAAGGCCUUAGCAGAUGCAGGAAUCCCAUAUUCUGCCAUUCAACAAGCCUGUGUUGGAUAUGUCUAUGGGGACUCCACGUGUGGGCAGAGGGCCAUUUAUCACAGCCUGGGUCUGACCGGCAUCCCCAUCAUCAACGUAAAUAAUAACUGCUCCACAGGCUCCACUGCUCUCUUCAUGGCACGGCAGCUGGUCCAAGGAGGUCUCGCUGACUGUGUGCUGGCCCUCGGGUUUGAGAAAAUGGAGAGGGGCUCUUUGACCUCCAAGUUUAUGGACAGGACCAAUCCCAUGGACAAGCACAUGGAGGUCAUGAUCAACCGCUAUGGGAUGGUUGCCGCACCAGCAGCACCACAGCUGUUUGGCAACGCCGGCAGGGAACACAUGGAGAAAUACGGCACAAAGCCGGAGCACUUUGCUAAAAUUGCCUGGAAAAACCACAAACAUUCAACCAACAACCCGUAUUCCCAGUUCCAGGACGAGUACAGUUUGGAGCAGGUGAAGAACUCCAGAAAGGUGUUUGAUUACCUUACUCUCCUUCAGUGUUGCCCGACGUCAGAUGGAGCUGGAGCAGCCGUUUUAGCCAGUGAGGCCUUUGUCAGGAAACAUGCUCUGGAGAACCAGGCAGUGGAGAUUAUGGCCCAAGAGAUGGUCACUGACCUCUCAUCCACCUUUGAGGAGAACAGCUGCAUUAAGAUGGUUGGAUAUGACAUGUCCCGGUUGGCGGCCAAAAGGUGUUUCGAGAGCGCAGGUCUGAAGCCCAGCGACGUCCAGGUGGUCGAGCUUCACGAUUGCUUCUCGCCCAAUGAGCUCAUCACAUAUGAGGCCCUGGGGCUGUGUCCUGAAGGUAAAGCUGGAGAGCUGAUUGACAGAGGAGACAACACUUACGGAGGCAAGUUUGUGAUCAACCCCAGUGGUGGACUCCUCUCUAAAGGACAUCCUCUGGGGGCCACAGGUCUGGCCCAGUGUGCAGAGCUGUGCUGGCAGCUCCGAGGGCAGGCGGACAGGAGGCAGGUGCCCGGGGCAAAGGUGGCUUUGCAGCACAACAUUGGCUUGGGAGGAGCUGUGGUCGUCGCUCUUUACAGGAUGGGAUUCCCACACGAGGCCAGGCACCCGAUAAGAGCAAUUCCAACCAGCACAGACCUCGGUCUGCAGAGUUUCAAGGCCUACCCCGUCUUCAAAGAGAUCGAAAAACAUUUACAUGAGAAAGGAGAGCAGCUUGUCAAGAAAGUUGGUGGCGUGUUUGCAUUUAAAGUGAAGGAUGGACCAGACGGGAAGGAGGCGACUUGGGUGGUGGAUGUGAAAAGUGGCAAAGGUUCCGUCACCAACGACCUAGAAAAAAAGGCAGACUGCACCUUGUUGAUUGGUGACAAAGAACUUCUGGAUUUGAUGACAGGAAAGCUGAACCCACAAACGGCAUUCAUGCAGGGGAAGCUGAAGAUCACUGGAAACAUCGGCAUGGCUAUGAAGCUGCAGAGCCUCCAGGUUUCACCAGGCCAGGCCAAGCUGUGAGGCCCCGAGAUAUAGCCAUAUUCAUUCUUGAUUCCUCCUAUUGAAACUUGUAAUUUUGCUGACCAGCAAACUCACAUCAUACCCUUACAAUGUGCUUGAUUUUAGUUUUUUGUUUCUUUUUGUUUAAUACCUCGUUUGAAAUACUAAAUAUUUAGCCCAAUUUUUUUCCCCUGGCCGACAAAUUUUGGAACCCGCAGACGAAAGGCCCAGAACAAAGCCAAAUCAACGUUUGUUCGUCAGUCGCCGAUCGCUAUGCUUGAGCUCUUCAAAGACAUGAUUCGAGAGGUUACCAACAAGCUGCCGCCUUUUACUAGAUUUCUCGAAAGCUAAAUAGCUAUGGACGAAACCGCAACCGCUGCAGCCAAUCCGGGCGUUAGGCUACUACGGCAUAGUCAGGGGUUAUCCCUGGUGAAUGAUGACGUAGUGUGUGACCCCCGCCUCCAGUCAAUGAACUCACGACGAUUGCAAGUCUCCUGAUCACAAGACAGCAAGUCAUGAAGGGUGAUCUGCACGGAGGUCAGACAACUUUGAAUGUCGUUUCAUCUGAACUUGGCAUUAGUUUUAUGGCGUUAUAUCUAUUUCCUGAGUGAGCAACUUGAUAAUUGGAGCCCAGGCAGAUAUAUUUUUGCGAGCGUGCAGGCAAACUUGAGCGCACACAGAGAGCCAGAGUUUGUGUGAGUGUACAUGAAUGACACUGCAUAAGAGGGGGGUAAUUAUUGCACACUAAUAAGGAUAAUGGUAAACAUGCAAAUAAAUUUAUUCAACACAGAAUAGAUUUUUAUUUGCUCUUAUCAUAUUGCAUAUCAUUUCUCUCCAAAAUAUAAUUUUGUGCUUGCAAAAUAUAUUUUCCUGUGCUCCGUUUCAAUUUCAGCUUCUAUUUUGACAUCAGUGCAUAGUACAUAGAGAAUGAGUGAAUGAACAGAAUGGCUAAUACACACAUACGCAUUGUUGAAUCUAGGCCCAGUUUUUUUUCAUCUGAUAUGAAUCAUAUGAACUACUUUUAUGCAACGUCAAUGACCGUUUUAAGAAAAAUAGUAGCUUCAAUGUGUGAUUGUUAAAAUGUGCCUCUGUCUAUAAAAAUCAAACCUGUGGCUUAAAGCCAUUUUUGGCUUCAACCAUUUUGGUAGAUAAUUUUUCUACUGUGUACAGCUGUAAAUUAAUUAUACUUUUUUUUUUAUAGUAGAUCCUUCAAAAUAACAUUGAUUCUUCAGGGUUUUUUCCCCUUAAGGUUGUCCUGGUCAAUAAUAUAAAUAAUUAUAAUUACUA